AUGAGUAAAUAUGUUCAAACAUCACGAAAUACCUCUCAAUCGCCUACAUCUCUAUCCAUUGAUGCACUUGAAGAAAUAGUUCGCAACUGUCAACGCAACGAAGAGCGCCUACAUGAACUUGAACGUCACACUAGGCAUGAACGAAAAAAAGCUGAACGUCUCCUACAAGAAACAUAUCGAACAAUGCAAGAUGGUGAUAGUCAAUCGGCAAGUAUUCUAGAAAAUAAAACAAACAACGAUAAUAAUUAUGUUGACCAUCAAAAAUUGAAACAACAAGCAACAAAAAAAUUUUUCGUUUCUCUCGAUGAUGAAAAUGAAGAAAAUGAAAAUCUGCAUCAUCGACCUCGACAAGCUCAUAAUAAGAAUAAUGAAGUUGUAAGUCAAAAUAAACAUUUACUUGAACGAGUCGAAAAAUUACUUGCUGGCGAUGGUACAACAACAUCCAGUGAUAUUAUGUCAUCACAAGAACGACAGAAAAAGAUUACAGAAAAGUCAACAUCACCUGUUGAAGAUGAUCUUGGUGAUAAAUCGUUGAAUACUGAUCAGAAAGAUUUAUCCGAAUCUCAUCAACUACAAUCGGAAUGUUCAAUUGAUUAUGAUCUUUCUGCUGUAGAUCAUUUAUUAACUGAACGAACACCAAUAAAUAGUCAUCGAAUGAAAUCCGAUGUUCAUUCCAAACCGGAAAAUCAAAUCAAACAAAGUCAUAAUUACAAUGAUAAAAAACAGAAUUCAUCCGAUAAACGAAAUCAACAAUUCUAUGAACGUUUCGACGAUUAUCUUGAAACAGAUCGUUCUGUUUCUUCGAGACCAACAAUAACUACAGCAGAAGAUCAAGCAUAUCAAUAUAAACCUCCUGUAACAUCAAAACUAACAGAUAAAGAUGAAGAAUUAGCUGAUUUAGCACGUCGAUGUGAAGAUCUUCUUGUACGUUUACAUUCACAACGAAGUCGUGCCGUAAUGCUUGAAAAUUCGACUCAUCAUUAUGAUUAUCAUCAACAACCAAGUCCAACUCAUACACCAGCUUAUGAACCAAACGAAUAUUACCAUCAACAACGAGCUCUAUCACCACCAUUAACUCCAACACCACCACCACCACCAAUGGAAGGACCCCCACUUAUGUCUCUUCAACAAGCUCUCGAGCUUCUUCGUCCCGACUUCAUAUCUCGUUCACGUCAACGUGCUCGACGUAUACGUCUAUUACGUGAAGAACGUGAACAUCAAAAUGAAAUCGAACGUGAACGCCAAGAAAUGCUUCUAUUUUCUUGUGCAACUUGCUGUUCAAAUCCAUCAAAUCGUUCGGUAUCAACGCGAUCAUCGCGUUCUGUUUCAGCAUCAUCAUCAUCUCGUCGAAGUAUUGCAUAUACGGUUCCAUAUGAGCGAUUGAACUCAUCACGAGUAUCUUCAACAUAUCGAGAAAUGAAACAAGCAACGAAAAAAAAAUAUGAUCAAUUACCUGAAGUCAACAAUCGACGACGUCAAAACCAAAUGGAUGAAAUUCGUCGACGAAAUCUUUUACGUGCUAAAGUAUUUCGUGCGCGUCUUCGACAACAUGUUGUACGAAACGGUCGAACAAACAUCAACGAAUCAUUAUCGAUAAUUGAUACAUGA